AUGUUAAGUUCAUUGAAAAAGUGGGUGCAAGAUGUGACGGUCGAUCUUGCUCCUCCAUCACCACCAUCAGCACCACCACAACCGUCAACAUCUUCUCCUUCGUUAUUAUCGUCAUCCUUAAAAUCAGGACCAGCACAUCAUUACUAUUAUUCUACAACACCUUCAAAUGAUCAACAACAGUAUAAUGAACGUUUAUCAACAACUUCCUCAUCAACGAUGGGUCUUUCACGACCGAUAUCAAUGGAUAGUGUACGUAGUUCAAAAACAAUUCCUACAUCAGUGCCACCACCAUUAGCAUCACCUGUUGAACUUGAUUUAAGUCAUUUAAAUCGCGAAGAACAAGAACAUAUAGCAAAUGUAUUACGACGAGCUCGAGCUGUCGAUGAACAACAAUCAACAGUAUCACCGGUUAUUGUUUCCUCAAUACAAUCACCACCGGUAUCAAUAGUAUCAGCACCAUUAUCUCCUUCAAUAUCGUCAUCGCCCUCAUCAACGACAAGUAGUUUUAAUACUGAAAAACCGGAAAACUAUGAACAGAACGAUAAGAAUGAUAAUAAUGAUGUUAAUGAAAUAUGUGAAGAUGAAGAAUUGCCAUUACCUUCACCGGAAUCAAUAUUAACAAGUAUUUACCGAUGUCAAGUGUGUAACAAAAAGCAACAACAAGGAAAUACAACGAUUUGUCUUCAAUGUCAAGAAAAUGAAGAAGUUGCUCGAUUAACACAAAAUAAUACUGGGCCUCUCACAUCAAUAAGAAAAUCAUCAUCUCCUAUACCAAUGGAAUUCAAUAAACAUGAAGACGAUAAAAUCUAUGAUAAUAUCAUGAGAAUUGAUCAGGAACUAAUAAAACAAAAUUCUCCUACUCAUGAGUAUGCAUAUCAUAUAAGUCAUCAUAACACAAAAAAAAUAAAUGAUAAUCAAAAUAAAAAAAACCAAGACCAAGAAGAAAAACAACAAUCUCAAACAUCAAUCGUUGAAUCAAAACUACCAACGACAUCAUUAGAAACAUCACUAUCAAAGAAAACACGAACAAAUAAUUUAACAGAAAUAGAUGAAAAUGAUUUUUUUUAUCAAGGACCAAGUCCCUAUGUAACAGAAAUUGAUAAUAAUCUAGUAUCAGAUCAUAUUGAAGAAUCAUCAAUACCAUCAUAUAAAAUUGAUGAAUAUGUUGAAGAUGAUGAUAAUAAUGAACGUGAUCAUGUCAAAGAAUUAGAACAAACUAUAGCUAAUUUAUCUCGACAUUUUCCAGUAUCAUCACAAGAAAUUAAUAAUAAUGAAAUAAAUUCAAAUGUAACAAAAUUACAACAACCAUCAAUAUUAUCUGUUAAUAAUAUUGAUAUUGAUUCAAUUCUUGAAAUGGAAAUUGAAUCACCAUCAACAGAUGAAAAUUAUAUUCAAUCAUCUUCAUCUAAUCAUCCUACAACAAUAUCAUCUCAACAUUCUCAUAAUAUACCUAUUACAAUACCUAUAUUAAUUAAUAAUCGUCGAGGAAGUCUUAGUCGUUCAUCUGGUAUACGAGAAAAUCUAACUGAUUUACUUACAACAACAAAAAAACAAACAAUAGAAUCUUAUCCUUCAGAUCAUCGACCAUUACAACGUACAGGAUCUACACAUAGCAAACGAAUGAUACCAAUACAUAGACAAAAACGUAAUCUACCAUCUGUGCCUUUAAUAUUGGAUAAUUUACAAUUACGUCGAACUAAUUCGGAAUCUCGAUUUUGUCUUCCAGCUGUAUCAUUACCUAUUCAAAUAUCUAAUAGUAAUGUAGAUGAUGAAAGUGAUUUACUUGAAAUAGAUAUUAACGAUCCAAUGGGUUCAAUGAAGAAAACAGCACGUUCAAAAACUGAAUCUGAAAUAAUUAAUAAUAAUAAUUAUGAUAUCAAUUAUUAUCGAAAAUCAUUUAAUACAACAACAAAUCAAUCACCAUCUAUUGAUAAAUUAUCAUUUCCUAAAAUGCAAAUUAAACAAUUAAGAGAUCAAACAACAAAUACAUCACCUAUAUCAAAUCUUAAUUCAACAAUUAAAAUAAAAAAGAAAGUUAAAAAGAAAGGUUCAUUAUCACCGAAUAAUACUAAUAGUCAUCAUAUAAAUCCAGCAUACAGUAAUGGUCAAAUGACUCCAACUGUAACAUCACCAACAGUAACAAAUCCUCCUACAGUUUUAUUAUCUUCACCAUCACCAACUAAUAAUACUAGUCGUCCAAAAUUACAGAAGAGUACAAGUACAGAAAUGUCUUAUCCUUUUCCUGUAUCAAAAUUAAUAUUGAAUCGUGACAGUCUAAAUGUUUCUCAACGAGAUGGUGCCGAUCUUGGUUUUCGUAUAACAGGUGGUCAUUCAAUACUAAAUUGUCCGGAAGUAGCAGCAUGCAUUGAACAUAUUGAUAAACAUCAUAGAAAUUAUAAUAUAUUAAAAAAUGCUGUACAAGAAGGUGAUGAAGUUCUUGAAGUUGGUGGAAUAUCAUUACGUGGUAAAAGUGCCUUAUUUGUUCAAAAUUUAAUGAAUUCAAUACAAGAUGAAUUUGAAAUUAUUGUUCGAAGUCAACAUGUUAUACCAUCUGUUUCACUUUCAAUUGAAAUUCAUAAACCCGAAAAAAGAAUUCCAAAUAUUCAAACAAAUAAUAACCUUGGAGUUUCAUCAAAUACAUCAUUAAUUGUUGAUUCAAAUAUUUCACGAAGACAUUCAAUGGAUACAUCACAAUGUUCUCCAACACAUUCAUCAACUAAUACAGUUGUUAAAUCUCAAUCAACAAUAAUGCCAUUACCAAGAAAUGAUUCAAAUGAUACAUCUGAACAAUUACUUGCACCUACAAUUACUCGAAAGAAAAGUGUAUCUUCAAAAGAACGUCUUUUCUCUGUUGAAUCUCUUCAUCGUACAUCAUCAAUUAAAUCAGCUGAACAUUUAAAAAAAGUAGCUACACAACAAUCUGAUAUAAAUCGUAGUCAUAGUGGAACAUAUAAUUUACCAGAACAAGAACGUCAACAUUCAAUAAAACGUGAUGUACAAAAAUCCACGUCAUUAUCUGUAACAACACCAGAACAGAAAAUUUCAAAUGAUGAUACAACAAAUUCAUCACAACCAAUACAACGUCGUCGAAUAUAUGAACAUCGUAAUAGUUUACUACCGAAUGAUCCAGGUUUAAAUGGAGCUGGAAGUAAUUCAUGUAUUGAUCGACGAAAUUCAAAUGAAUCUGAUGAAAGUGAUAAUCUUUCACAAUAUUUUCGUUCAUCACCAAGUCGAAAAAGUAGUUUAAUGGCAACAAAUGAUGUAUCAAAUAUUUUAAAUACAAAUAUAUCUCAUGAACAAACAAAAAAUAUUACACCAAUCGAUGAUAAUAAUACUGAUAGAACAAUAGAUGCAUCAAAUCGUUUACAAAGUUUUAUUAAAUCAACUGAUGAACAUCGAUUAUCAAGAGAAUCAACUGGUGGUAAUUUAAUAAAUCUUAAUAAAACCGAUGAAAAAAAAUUAUCAAAUUUAGGUUCAUUUAAAUUUUUAAAGAAAAAAACAAAAUCUGUCGAUUUUUCAAAUCAACCAAAUGAAAUACGUGAAAAUGAUUAUGUUGGUGAUAUUGAAUUACAAAUUGGACAUAAUAGUGAACGUGAACAAUUAGUUAUAAGAAUAAUUCGAGCAAAAAAUCUACUUGCAAAAGAUACAAAUGGUUAUUCAGAUCCAUUUGUUAAAGUUUAUUUAUUACCAGGAAGAGAUCAAGAAAAUAAACGUCGAACAAAACAUAUCUCAAAAAAUUUAAAUCCUAUAUGGGAUCAUACUGUUAUCUAUGGAAAUAUGCAUCGAGAAGAAUUACAAUAUAAAAUGCUUGAAUUUACUGUUUGGGAUUAUGAUCGAUUUAAAGCAAAUGAUUUUAUUGGACAAAUAACAAUUGAUUUGAAAGAUGCUAAUGUUAUUGAUGAUAAACCACAUUGGUAUCGUUUGCAAGCAUUACGUUCUCGUGAAGAAGCUACUAAUCGUGGUUCAUCUCCACGUUUAUUUAAAAUGACAUCAGUUGAUUCAACAGCUUCAUCAGUGUCAACAUCCAAUAAAAAUACUGUCAAUAUGCAAUCUCGUGUCAAUCAACGUAAAUAA